CUUCAGCUUGUUCAAGUUGGUGUUGCCGAUGGGCAGGAGAGCAGCUACAAGUCUCUUCUCCAGGAGGAAGACGAAACUGUACUUCCUGAACAAGCUAGCAAAGCGUCCUCAGAUGGCGCAUCUGCAGUUGCGAGUUCUGUCUUCGCUUCAAUGUCCUCUGUUAUCGACGCCACAAGAGACGCCUUAACCACUGGCGCGAAGGAGGUUGGAAAGGGCGUAGGUAAAGCCGCAUCUUCCGCAGCUGACGCGGUACGGAGCACAAACUGGACAGCUGUUGCUCACAAGGCGCAAGCAGGUGUGGAUGCUUCUGCUGUUGCCGUGGGUCGCGGGAUCCACGCUUCCGCCUCCGCGGUCGCUCGUGGUGCGAAGGAGGUUGGAAACAGUGUCUCGGACAUUUCCAACAAGCUCAAUGCAACAAGCAGUGCCGAGCUUGAAGCCUACGGAAAGGAAAUGCGACAUCCUUCAGCGAAUUCCACGUGGAUGAAUUGGUCCUGUGCGGACAAGGUUCUAGCUGCCGCGGGUCUCGGUGCUGCUGGCGGCGUGGCCCUGGUUCCACUGUCCUUGGAAAUUCUCGGAUUCGGCGCAGAAGGGGUGGAGUCUGGAUCUGUUGCAGCGAAGUGGCAGUCUUCCAUCGGGAAUGUUGCGGCUGGGAGUCUCUUCGCGGUGCUCACGUCGAUUGCGAUGGGCGGCAUUUCGAACGCACCAUUUGUAUUGGUGCCAGGCUUCGUUGCUGGAUCAACCGUUAAGCCUUUGACCAUUCAUCAUGUGUGAAUUAAUAGAAUAUUUGUAGACACCUACUUCUGAUGAAUGAUUAUAUCACGUAGUUGCUAUUCAUGUUAGAUCAGAAUGUUAUAGUAGUAGGUUACAACAAGCUUUUUGAUUAUCAGUUGUGCCUUUUUUAUCGGAAACCAUUAGUUGUGCAAUUUUGCUCGAGGAUUGCAAAUUGAAAGCAUGCAGGAUGAUGAGAAAUAGCUUCUAACAAAGCUGCUGUUGGCGUUCUGGAGGAGGUUUGCAAGCCUGAUGAAUAUGGGAUUAUCGGAAAAAAUGGCGAUAGAAGCGAAGCAAGCGACGCAUUGAAGUAAAUUCCUCGUACUGGUUGACCGUGACAUCUGUGAUUAUCUUAAUCCGCACUGCGCUUUAAAUUCCUUACCAUGAGUUUACCUCUGUGUAAGUUUUGCUUCAAAAAUGGCCAGUAAGGGUCGAACAUGAAGUACAUGACCAUGACCAUAAACGACGCUUUUCUGUGGAUUUAAGACGGUGGAUGUGAAGGUGUAAGAUCACUCACCGAAUCAAGUGAGUAAUUGAUCGCUAUGAACGAGAUCCCAUGAUCGACGAAGCUGUACUAAGACCAUGCAAACAACAGCAAGCUGCUACCUAAAGUUGCAGCAUCAUACUAGCAUACGACAGAACUCUGAC